GGAAAGGGAGAGCUUCGUGAAAGAAAGACAGACCAGACAAAAAAAGUGACAGUCACUCGCCAAACGACAUCCAGAAAUGGGUUUUAAUUUUGAUUAGGUUUACACAAUCGACACAAUACAGUAUCUUUUUUUGUUUGUGGGUUUGUUGGGAUAGCAAAAACUAACAGUAUUUUUCUCAAUCGAAAGGUUACAAUACAAUUAUCUUAGUUGCAGGGUGACACGCAGAAACUUAUAAGGAUUAACUAUGAACAAAUACUUUAUCACGUAAAAUAACAAGUGCCAGUUUUUAUAACAUGAACGCCACAAAGAAAAAAGAAACAAUUCUGUGUCAUAAAACAAAUUCCCGCAAAAAUGAAUCAAACCAACCUAGAGCUAAUAUUGAAGAUUUGCCUGAAGAAAUGCUUGAAAUUAUUGCUGGAUUCUUAUCAUGUAAGGAUUUAAACAGUUGUUUUAAUGUAUGCAAAAAAUGGAGACGGAUACUUAACAGUGACAAAUUUUGGAAAAAAUGCUGCAAGUAUCCAGAAAAAUACUUUAAAUUGUCAUCCGUUCAAGUCAGUAAAAUACCUGCUUUCAUAGAUGCUUGCAAAUGGAGGAAACAUUGGCUUUUACAAAAACGUAUCUGGAAAAAUUGGAGUAGUGGUACAUUCACAACUGACACAUUUGCAGGAGAACUCGGUCAUAUGUCAAUGGACUCUGUUGAUGAACAUGGUAAUCAUUGGCUAUUCUGUUAUGGGUCAAAUGAGAUAAAUGUAUGGAAUAUUACUAAUGAACCUUUUCUACACUCUAAUUAUGAACAGCAACAUUUUUUUGCUUUGUGGCCUUUGCAAGAUAAAGUUUUAACGUGUCGUUCCAAUUAUGUAAAAGUUUUCAACUUCAAGCACCCAGAAAACGAGUUGCAGCUAAGUUACAGAUUCAAGUUUGAUAGAAAGAACAUACUUCCAGAAAAUGAAAAGGUCUCUAAUGACGACUAUGUCAGUGGUGUUCGAUAUAUUUUAGUGGAUGACAGAUUUCUUAUUGGAUACCAGGAAAAUGUAAGUGACAUUGCAACAGCGUGUAUGUAUAUAUGGGACAUUAACACAAAAAAAGUUAGAAAUCAAAGUAUCUAUCAAGAAUCUUUUGUGAGGUUUGUCCAACAAACCAGAGGAAGCAAUGUGCUGGAUCAUUUUAAUGGUGGAAUGGUUCUAUUUGAUGGAGACAAUGGCAAGUUUUUAGUCAAUUUGAUUGAUGAUAGACAUAAACUGUGCCAUAUAAGCUUGUUUAGUCUUGUUGAAAUGAAGUUUGUGAAGGUAGUAGCUCAGUUUGAGAGUAGAACAGCAUGGUGUCUUAUGAAAGGUGACAUUGUUGUCACAUUCCACAUUGUCUGCGAGAACAAAUCUCAGAUAUCCGUGUUUAAUCUUAACACUGGCCUUCUCGCCAAGUUAUACUUCCCAUUCGAACGGAACCCCAUACUCAAUAAUGAGCUAAGGUUUGACUGUAACAAAGUAAUUUUAAAAGUAAGAAAUAAAAUAACUGUACUGACCUUAACUGAUUCGGUCCAUGUAAAGGAAAAUAGCUUUGAACUCGAUGAAAGCAACAAAAACGGUUGUAUUUUAAAAUAUUUUGAUCCCAAAUUCUUGCUGUUGUAUGACUGUUCUAUUCUUUCUUCUGGAAAUUUGACUGUGUGGGAUAUUGAUUCAGGAAUCAAACUGUGGGGGUUGCGUAAGUUGUCUCAUUUGGUAUUGUACAAACCGAUCAUAAAUACUUUUGAGUACCCCGGAAGACUUCUUGUUCGCUUUUGUGAUGAAAGCAAUUUUAGAAUUUUGAAGUUUGAUGCCUGAGUAGUACAGCAUUACCUACUUAAGUUAACAUAUGUACCUGAAACACCCAGUUUUGUAAAACGUUUUUACUAUGUUUGAUUAAAAAUCUGUGUUUGAGCUAAUUUAGUUGAUAUAGGUAGGGCUUUUAACCAUUCAAAACUAUAUAUAUAUUUGUUUUAAAAUGAAGUAGAAUUUUCAUCUGCUGGAAUCAGUAAACAAAAUUUUAGUAGUUUGGGAGCAUACCUACUGUCUAAAGAUCAGACCUUAAAGUUCCAAGGUUACAUAUUACAGUUAGCCAUACUCAUUAAUCUAAGCAACCAAAUGCUUAGAACCAAGGGGGGGAAAUUGGGGUACCUAGCCAAAAAAGAUUCUUUGGACAUCUAAACAUAUACGGUUAUCUAUAACGUAACUCUACGGGACAUGCUCUCACUAUAUCCUAUGAUUGUAUUGUUGGUACGUUAUAUUUUUACACACUACCUAGAUAAAUCACAAGAUGUUAUAACUUUAUAUAAUAGUUUUAGUAUUUUGAUUUGUUUAAAUUAUUGUCAAUUGUAUAACUGUAUAAAACUGUAAAUAAAUAAUGCAAUUUUCAAAUAUUUGUGUAUCAUGACACAAUUUGUCAACAAUCUAGUUGAGAUGUUUUAUUUUUUCUAUCUUACCCACCUGAAGCGGUGUUCUGUGAAGAGAAUGUCACUAGAGUUCCUUGGAUGAGUUCAUCUACAUCCAAGGUUAUUUCAUCACUUAACACAUCUUGGAUUGUUUCACCUUGAAACAAAAAGUCCUGGUUUGAUAAACAGAAUUUUGGAUAUUACUUGACACUAUAUGUAAUUUUGAUGAAAAUUUCAGAACAAUAAGCAUCUUAUUUUAAAACAUUUUUGAAUUGCAACAAAUUUGGCUAGUUUAUCAGCAAAUUUCACUGUCUUAUUUUUGUGUCACUGUGUGAACGUGAGCAGAAUAAGAUAGAGAAAUAUUCUGUGGUUGGGGUAUAAGAUUGAUCCAAACUAUGCACUGAGACUAAAUGAACAUGCAUACUACGAGUAGUUCUCUAAUUUACAAAUGGAGGUCCCAAACAUGUAAAGACUUUAAUGUUCAAAUUGUGUGCCACUUGUACAAACAACUUGCAUGGUAAAGUUUUAUUGCAGAAACAUAAUAAUUGGUAAUGUUUUGUUCCACUAAA